AUGAGUAGAAGUACUAGUGCUGCGAUGGAAAAUAGAAUGAAUACAGAAGAUAGUGGAAAAGGAACAGGUUCCAGUUGGAGAACCAUGGAGAAGUUUGACGCUAGAAGUGGGAAGAGUUUCAGGAAAUGGGCAGAGCUGCUGGAAGACUAUUUUAUAGUGGAUAAUUUAGUCAGGGAUGAAGCAAAAAGAGCCGCAAUGCGUACAAGAUUGGAUGAAGAAUCGAGAGAAUUUCUAAAAUCCAGAACGCCCAUGGAAACGGGUACAUUCGAAUGCUGCGUAGAGACAUUAUCAAAGAAGUAUAAUGGGCAAAAAGCAAAGGAAGCCGCUAGUAUGAGAGCACGUGCUUUUAAACUCGAUAUGCGUGAGGAAAAAUUCUAUGCUUCAAUUCUAGAAUAUGCUGAUCUAGUGACUGCGACUUCAAUUUUAAAAAACGAAGAACUGUUAAAGCAUCAAAUAAAUAUGAUUCAUGAACAAUUGAAGAAUCAAGAAGAGCUAUGGAUGAAAUUAUAUUAUCAAAACAAGUAUGAAAGUUUAAUAGAACUUGCUACAGACUUAGAAACUUCUUGGAAACUGAUUUGUGAAAAGAAGAAAAGAAAGGACCACUUUUCUAGGAAUGAGAAGAAUAAGGGGAAUGAUAAGAGUCAAGGUGAAAAGAAAGGCUAUAGCAAAGAUGCAAAAAUGAAGCAAAAUAUAAAAUGUUUUAAUUGCAGUGAGAUGGGACAUUAUAAGACCAAUUGUCCAUCAUUAAAAGAAGAUAAAGCAAGAGUAGAAUCAAAAAGAAUUUAUGUUGAGGAGGAAGCAUCGGAAAGCAUGGAAGUAAUGAGAGAAACAAAUAAAAUGUUGAAAAGAAUGUUGGAAAACAAAGUUUACAACAGGGGUGUUAAGGUAAAACAAGAAAAGAAGAAGGUGUACUUGAAUAAGGAAAACAAGAAAACCGAAAAUGAGAAAAUAGCAACUUUAAGAACAGCGGUAGAACCAUAUGAAUUUUAUUUACCAGUAGAGGGUAAGGAUGGAAUAUUGUUGAGUGGAUUGAUUGAUUCUGGAGCGACCAGAACUAUAGUCAAGAAAAGUACGGCAAUGAGAUAUGGAUUUAAGCAAAAUCGGCAAACUAUGACGAAGAUAGUUUUGGCGGAUGGAACGAUGAAGAAAGCUGUUGGAGAUUUUAAGACACAGUUUAAGAUAAUACCUGAUAUUUUAGUUAAUUGCAGUAUUGUAGUUGUAGAAGAUAGUGAGUUAAGUGAUAGUAAAUAUUCUUUAAUAAUAAGAAGUGAUUUAUUAAAGGCUACUGAAACUAUUUUAGAUUAUGGAAAUAAAACAAUAAUCAUGUGUGGCAGAGAGAUAUCACAUUUAACUGUGAGUAAAGAAAAAGAAAAUGAUAGAAUAAUAGCCAAAAGAGCUGCUAUAAACUCGGAAAAAAAGGUUGAAGAACUAAAGAAAGAAUUUAAGAAUGUGAUAAGUCAAAGUAAGGAUGACAUUGGAAGGUGUGAUAUAGAAGCUCCGAACUUUGAGAUGACGGACAAACAACCUCCAAAGAUUCCACGUUAUCCAGUACCUUUCAGUAAAAAAGAAGUUAUAAAAGAACAAAUUCAAUCAUGGCUUAAGGCAAAUGUUAUUGUUGAAGAUAAAUUUGUAAAAUGGAUAAUGAAUUUGGUAAUAACACCAAAGUCUGAUAAAACAGAUAGAGUAUGCUUGGAUAGCCGUCCGUUAAAUAGCAGGUUAAUUAGUUUUGAUUAUAAGACACCUACUUUAAAAGAUAAAGCAGAAAUAUUAAAUGGUGCAAUGUAUUACACAACGUUGGAUCUGGUACAAUAUUUCAGUCAAAUUUCAAUUGAUGAAAAAUCUAGUAAAUUUUUAGGGUUUAGAGCACCAGAUAAUACAACAUACAGAUUUGUAAGAUUACCGUUUGGAGUAAAACAUGCAACUGCUAUUGCACUAAGAAUUAUAAAUGUUGUUUUGCAGGAUAUAGAAGAAGCAUUCAGUUAUGUGGAUGAUAUAUGCAUAGCGACAAAAGGAAGUUUAGAACAUCAUUUUUCUAAGGUAAGAGAAGUGCUAGAGAGAUUGAGUCAACAUGGGUUAAAAAUAAAUUGGAAGAAAUGUCAAUUUGCAUGUGAAGAAAUUCAAUAUCUUGGAUUUUUGUUUUCAAGACAAGGACAAGAACCGAGUCCAAGUAGUACUGAAGCAAUCAAGAAUUUUCUACAACCAAAGAACUUGAGAAGUUUAAGACGUUUUUUAGGAAAGGUAAAUUUCUAUAAGACACACAUAGAAAAUUUGGCAAGAAUAGAGAUUCCUUUAACCAAUCUGCUGAAGAAGAAGAAUUCUCUCUUCGAAUGGAAUGAAGAGUGUGAGAAAAGUUUCUCACAGAUAAAGAAAGAGUUAAUGAAAACUUGUAGGCUAAUAAUGCCAGAUGAAAAGAAACCUUAUGUGAUACAUUGUGAUGCAAGUGGUAAUGCACAUGCAGCAGCACUAAUGCAAGAAAAUUCAAAAGGUUUGAAACCUUUAAGGUUUUAUUCAAAACGGCUGCAAGAUAGGAAAACAUUUGUGCCAGCUGUUGAACUUGAAUUACGCUGUAUAGCAAGUUCACUUUCAUAUUUCAGACAAUAG